AUGCAUCCCAGGUAGCACAGCCUGUUACCUGACCGCUGCUUCCAUGUUCUUUCCCAUCGGACAGUGUGAAGGGGGACUGAAUAUGCUGCCUAUAUAGCGGAGAUCCAAACGGACGCACGGAUACUGUUGUUGGAACUUGUUCCUACACGCGGAUGGCUGAGAGACGCCAUCCCAGUCAAACGCACGAACAUUCUCGUCUGGAAUCAUCGACAGCUAGUCAACGGUACCUGAGGAAAGAGAAGGCGCAUGGCUUCGGAUCAGAAAGUAUCUUCUCUGUGUCCGAAACUGGGACAGAUAAUCCAGAACUAUUUAACGACACCUGCGAAACCAAUCAGGAGGUGCAUCUGGCAGUGGCUGACAGUAAACUCGAGGAGAAUCACAGUCCCACGAAACAACUGCCUGAGAAAGAGAAUGUCCUUAAAACGCACGGUAGCACAUACAACUCAGACAGUGAGGUUAAAGGUAACACACACACACACACAAACACACGGUCAAUAACACAUAAACAAGCAUAUUAAGAGAGCGAGCACACACGCAUGGGCUUAUAACAUAUAAACAAGCAUAUUAUCAGUGCGCACGCACACACACACACACACACACAUACACAGUUUAUAACACAUAAGCAAGCUUAUCACACUCGGAGGAAGCACACAGUUAGACAAGCCAAUAUCAUAUGAGAAGAGGACCUGUUCUUUGUGGUUUUUUUAUGUUAUUGAGAUUUUUUAAACUUUUGAUUUGAGCUGGAAAUAAAGUAUACUAAUGUUUCAAACGAUUAUGCAACGCUGAGCCUUGGCAUAGGUUUAUAUGCUAUUUUUGAACAGUGGUACAGUUUGAAGUAGGCUACAAUUUUCAGUAAUUGCAAACUUGUUUCGAUUGGUAGGCAAUGUUUUUUGUUACACUCUUAGAAAAAAAGGUUCAGGAUAGAACCAAAAAGGUUCUAUGUGCACCCUUUUGUAGGGUUCUUUGAUCAGAAUCCCAGGGGUUCUUCUUCCAAAACUGGUUCCAUAUAGAACCCGUUGGUUCUAUAUAGGGUUCUGUAUGGAACCUAUUUCCAAAUUUGAAACAAGCAUAGAAACCUUUUCGGUUCUAUCUAGAACCUUUUUUUCUAAGAGUGUAAGCACACUUGAGUAAGCAUAGGCUACACUUCCCUUCAUACACUAGCUUUAUAAUUAGGAUCUCCUAAUUGCCAGUCCAUUACCAACUUGCUACGAAUGACAUUAUCUGUUUAGCAUUGAACUAACUGCACGUUUGCGUUGGUAAAUCUUUGCAAUGUUACGUGAUAGUCUACGUUUUUGAGAAAUUAAAAUGCACAGUUGCAAAUAUAUUUUGCAGUUGAGAUGGCGCUCAUUCAUUCUUAUUAGUCGCAAUAUCUCUCUUGGAUUUUUUUAUAAUAAAGAAGCAUUCUAGGCUAGGCUACUAGUAAAUUAGGGAAGCCUAUCCAAACGAAUAAGCACACACUAAUUACAGCAAAGAAGAUUUCAAAACAAAACACGAUUUCCCAGACACAGAUUAAGAUUAGUCCUAGACAAAAAAAUCGUGUUCAAUGCAGAUUCACCAUUGAAAGUGCUUAGUCCAAAACUAUGUAUAAUCUGUGUCCGAGAAACCGGCCCGAGAAGACAUAGGCCUACAGACAAACUGACAAAAAAAACACAUCAGAAGGCUUUUGCGUAGGAAAGUUUAUUGGAAGGUGAAGGGCAACGAAAUGGCUGCUAUAUGAUUGCUGCUGUUUUUCAGCUUGUCCGCUUUUGAAAUGACAUUUUCUCGAUAAACUAUUUUUGUACAUGUAAAACAACAAGCAUAAGGCUCCCUCAAGUUCAUGACAUUUUGUUUUGUAAGUUAAGUCAACUUUAGGGUAAUGGUGAUUCGAUUAUUAUUAUUAUUAGGCCUAUUAUUAUUAUUAUUAUUAUUAUUUAUUCUUCUUAGGCCUGUUAUUGAGCAUAUGUGGCCACAGCGCGUGCGUCCGAAAUUCACGCCAACGCUUUCACAAUGGUAUUUAUUAACUAAUGUUAAAAUCAGGCAGACAUGGGGCCUCUAUGUACAUGUUGUUGAAAACAAGGUGUGAUUUAGGUCGAAAUAGAAGAAGUUUCUUCAGUCCCUAAUUUCUCUCUUCCUUAAAUCUGAAAAUUAACGUCAGAUUCGUUACAAUACUCAUUACUUGCUAUUAAAAUAUGACACUUUUAUCCCAGAUUUUAAAAUAAUAAUUGAUCAGUGAUUCACUGAAAAAUGAAUCGAUGACUAGGCUACAUCAAAACACUUGUCUGGAAUAGUCUGAAGUGUGUAGGUUAUAGGCCUAUAGCUUUGCGCAGUUCAAUUACUAGGCCUAUAUGAUUUCCGGAUUGUGUGAAUAGUUGUAUUUUUCGUGCCCGCUGCGCCAUGUAAUCAAGACGGAAGUCAAUAACAUUUAGAUUUGAAACUCCUCCGGACUCCUUCAUUGGUAGACUAGACUAUACAUCUCGGGAAUAGUCAGUCAUAUCCAUCCAACUUACCAAGAGCUGUAUUGUGGCAUUAACUAAUAUAGGCUACAUUUUAUUUCUCUCUUUUAGGCUAUUUAUGAAGGGAUUGAAGAACAUAAUGUAAUUCUUAUCGCCAAAAGGACCCAAAUUACCCAGAUGAAUUAUCCAUUGAUUUUCGUUAUUUGCCUGAUGAGAUCUAGUCAAAUGUUUUUGUAUAGGCCCUGUCUUUGUACUUAUUGUUUCAAUUGGCUUUGAGUGAGUUUAGACUACUCCAGAUACGCAAAUAAUGCAAGAUUAGUUGUAGGCUUACCUCUAAGAAGCGGUCAUUUAUCAUCUCACUAAAAGCUAUAGUAGCCUAAUUAUAUCGCCCGUGCAUAAAGACAUCGAAGACAACGACAUGUUGUAUAUAACCCGUUUUUCUUCCAGGGGACUUGCAUCUCAGAUUAGUUGGCCUACUCCUUUCAGCUAAAAAGUGAAGUUGUAAAUACAAUGGUCGAAUAGAUUAAAAACAUAUAAUGUUAUAAAAUGGCAGGCAUAAUACAAAAACUAUAGUUUGUCGUCAAGACAUGGCCUUCUUGGUAAACUGAUUAAGUCCGUGCAUUAUUGUUUUCUAUCACAAAUAAGCCUAUGUUUAGGCUACACACUGAGAAUUACGUUAAUGUAACUAAUUCCUUUUUACAGGGGACAGAUUGGAGAAUGCCUUUGGAAAGUGGCUCACAGCGAAAAGUAGACGAAAAAGCGUUGUCCUUCUACCAAACAUCAAACACUGGAACUGGAGAAGGAGUUAUUGUUCAACAUGUAUCUGACGCGAGAGCGCCGCUUGGAGAACAGCAAGAGUAUUGA